AUGAAGGCUUUGCACACCUGCCUCUUGUGCCUGCUGCUGCUGGGCCUCACCCUGCUGGGGGCCGCCCACCAAGGCCACCCGCAUUCCAUGGAGAUCCGCACCCCUGACAUCGAUCCUGCCUGGUACACGGGCCGCGGAAUCAGGCCCGUGGGCCGCUUUGGCCGCAGGAGAGCAGCCCUGGGGGAUGCGGUGAAGCCGAGCCUCUGGCGCCAGCCCCCCUGCCUCCCCCUGCAAGGAUGCGCUGAGCCCUCCCAGGGCAGGUGA